AUGGGCUUUUUUCGCGACAAACAUCAAUACCAUGUUCUCACUCAUGACGAUGGCUCCUCUGAGGCGCUGGCGGGUGGAGAGCAAGCUCCACGUGCAUCAACGAGGUGGACUUCACGAUGGAUCUGGAUCGUCCUUGGGUUAGCUGCUGUUUCGCUCUGCAGCAUACUUGCCUGGUUUGUGUUUUCUUCAUUUCCGGAAGGACGACAAUACCGGCCAGGGCCUCUAAAAUUCACCAAAGAGGGCACAUUCCAGAUAGCUGUCUUUGCGGACUUGCAUUUCGGGGAGAAUGCAUGGGAUCAAUGGGGACCACAGCAAGACAUCAACACUCAAAGAAUCAUGGGCGGUAUUCUGGAUGCUGAAUCACAACGAUUAUGCGUACUCAAUGGCGAUCUUAUUACAGGCGACAACAGCUAUUUUCACAAUAGUUCUGAGUAUAUCGACCGAAUUGUAAAGCCGAUUGUUAGUAGAGGACUGCCCUUCGCUUCAACGUAUGGAAACCACGACUCGGCUUUCAAUCUGUCACGGGAGCAGAUCUUCGACCGAGAGCAUCGAUAUAAGGAGUCUCUCACUGCGAACAUGGUGUCAGGAAGAAAUGCCGGCGUCUCAAACUAUUACCUCGAAGUCUUCCCGCACGAUGGAGGCGACAUUCCCUCGUUGCUACUUUGGUUCUUCGACAGUCGCGGUGGCUUCUACUACCAAGAAAGGAACGAUGAAGGUGAACAAGUCGGGCAGCCGAAUUGGGUCGAUCAAUCCGUCGUGGACUGGUUCCUUAAGACCAAUGAUGAGCUGGUGUCCAAGCACAACAAAACGAUUCCAUCGUUGGCCUUUGUUCACAUUCCCACCAACGCGAGUGCAGCUCUGCAGACAGAAGUUGGCGUUGAUCGACAUCACGAACCAGGAAUCAACGAUGACUACAUUCUCUCCCCUCAAGCCCAAGGCUGGUGUCCCGAUGGCAAGCAAUCUUGCCCCUAUGGCGGUCAAGACGUGCCUUUCAUGCAAGCUAUCGCGUCGACUCCUGGCUUGAUGGCCCUAUUCAGUGGUCACGAUCACGGAGAUACAUGGUGCUAUAAAUGGGAAGGUCUAGUUCCCGGUAUGAGCGUCAAAAGUAAUGGCGUCAAUCUCUGCUUCAGCCAGCAUUCUGGAUACGGUGGCUAUGGGAGCUGGGAGCGAGGAGCGAGGCAGAUACUUGUGAGAGAAGAAGAUUUAGAAUCGCAAAUUGUGGAAACUUGGAUCCGUUUGGAGAGUGGGAAGAUUGUGGGAGCUGUGACGCUGAAUUCGACGUAUGGCGAGGAUACUUAUCCUGCGACGCCGAACACCAAGUCGCAUUGUCCGACUUGCGAUUAUGCGAUCAUUUCGGCUAUGCCAGGGAUUGAGGAUGUGCCGUCUUGAGAUGAGGGACGACUUUCGACGCAAGCAGGAGCAAAACGGACCGCAAGACACCGUCCGGCUCCACACCUCUCGCAAGGGGCCACCAGGAAUAUGCC